AUGCGUCCCUCAUCCCGUUUCCUUGCCGCGGUCUCGCGCAGUCAGCCAUCCAAGCUGAAGAAGCCUUCCAUCAGUCUAGACCAUUUUAUUCAAAGACAGCGGGUGCUAUCAUUAUGGCGGGAAAUUGUGCGAGCAUUAAUAAAGAUCCCUCCUUCGCCAACACGGACCGAGUUGCACAGAUAUGCACGUGAUGAGUUCGAGCGCCAUCGCCAAGUAUCGGAUGUGCAACACAUAAGAUACUUGCUUUCGACAGGCAAAUCAGAAUUCGAGACGAUGAGACGCUAUAUCGAUGAACAGAUCGCUGGUUGA